AUGUCUGUCCAGUUUUCUUCACAGGCACCCUGGAGGAACAACAACAUCAGUUAUCUGAGCAGAGAGGCAGCUGUAACAGAGCAAGGAGAGACUAUCAUAGGUUUCUACCUACUGGCUUUAGGUUGGCUGUCUUGGUUUGGAAACAGCAUUGUCAUUUUUGUCCUGUAUAAACAAAGACAUCUUCUGCAGCCCACCGACUACCUCACAUUUAACUUGGCAGUAUCGGAUGCUAGUAUCUCUGUGUUUGGUUAUUCACGGGGAAUCAUUGAAAUCUUCAAUGUCUUCAGAGAUGAUGGAUUCAUUAUCACAUCGAUAUGGACUUGCCAGGUUGAUGGCUUCCUGACACUUCUGUUUGGCCUGGCUAGCAUUAAUACCCUUACAGUAAUCAGUGUGACUCGCUACAUCAAGGGCUGCCAUCCUGAGAGAGGUCAUUGCAUUAGCAACAGCAGUAUGACGGUGUCUCUGGUUCUCAUUUGGAUAGCAGCUUUCUUCUGGUCAGCAGCUCCAUUACUUGGCUGGGGCAGUUAUACAGAUCGCAUGUAUGGCACAUGUGAGAUAGACUGGGCAAAAGCCAACUUCUCUACAAUCUACAAAUCCUACAUUGUCUCCAUUUUUAUCUGCUGUUUUUUCCUACCUGUCUCAGUCAUGAUCUUCUCAUAUGUGUCAAUUAUCAAUACUGUCAAACUAAGUCAUGCAUUAACAGGACUGAGUGAUCCCACAGACAGACAGAGGAGAAUAGAGCGGGACGUCACCAGGGUUUCUAUUGUCAUUUGCACAGCCUUCAUUAUUGCGUGGUCACCGUAUGCUGUCAUCUCUAUAUGGUCUGCCUAUGGUCACCCUGUGCCCAACCUUACCAGCAUCCUUGCCAGUUUAUUUGCUAAGUCUGCCAGCUUCUACAAUCCCAUUAUCUACUUUGGAAUGAGCUCCAAAUUUCGGAGGGACAUUUUCAUCUUAUUCCGUUGUGCCAAGGAAGUGAAGGACCCUGUGAAGCUCAAACGUUUCAAAAACCUCAAGCAAAAACAACAAGAGCCCUCUCAGAAAGGAGAGAAGUAUGCAGGAGAAAUGCACCCUGCACCAAGCCCUGAUUCCGGGGUGGGAAGUCCAACCAACACCCCACCUCCAGCAAACAAGGAAGUGUAUUUUGGUAUUCUCGACACACCAUCUAAUAAUCCUGAUAUUGAAUGUGACAGACUGUAA